AUGACAUUAAAAGAAGUUGAAUCAGAGGAGGAGAAACUCAAAGGUGCUAACAAUCUAAUUAAAUCUGAGCUCACGGAUAUUCAAAGUAAAUUUGAUACAAUGAGCUCGAAAUUUGAUUCACUGUUCAAGCUGUUUGAACAACGUCAAACCCAACCAAACCCUGAGAGAGAAAGUGGUUCUCACAAUGAUACUCAUCCUGAUCAUAAUUUCUUUCAUAACCAACACCAUUUUUUUCCGCCUCAACAUCACAGAGUCCCUAAAUUGGAUUUUCCACGCUUUGAUGGUGAUAACCCAAGGGGAUGGAUUCAGAAGAGCGAAAGAUACUUUCACCUCAAAAAUAUUGAGGAACAUCUGAAAGUGAAUAUUGUUGCAAUCUACUUGGAAGAUCUAGUUCUUCAUUUGCGUGCUAGAUUUGAAAAUCCUAUUGAAGAAAAUUUUGUGGGUAGUUUUAAUAAACUUAUUCAAAGAUCAUCUGUGGAUGAUUAUUAUGAGGAAUUUGAAUCAUUGAAAGCAUUAAUGCUUAACAUGAAUCCUUCUCUUACUGAGACAUAUUUUGUCAUGAGCUUUCUUAGUGGUCUCAAAGAAGAAAUGUACUCAUCCCCAACUUUCCCACCAAAUCCUAUUCUAACUUCACCUAAAUCUGUACCUACCACCCCAAAGUCACUUUUCACUUCCCCAUCAAAACCCACCAGUAUUUCUUCAACUAUUAAACGCCUAACUCAGGAGGAAAUGAAUAGAAGUAGAGCACAAGGGUUGUGUUAUAAUUGUGAUGAGGUGUACAAGCAGGGCCACUUUUGUAAAGGGAAACAAAAGAUCUUUAUGCUUCAAGUUGAAAGUAUUGAUUCCACAGAAACUGAGGAGGAGGAAGUUUUUGAGGAAACAACUGAGUCACCAGUCCAAUCUGAUAUAGAGGUAUCUUUACAUGCUCUUACAGGCAGUGCAACUGGUGACACCAUCAAGAUUCCAGGUCUACUCCAUAAGAGGAAGGUAUUCAUUCUCAUUGAUUCAGGUAGCACAACAAGUUUUAUUGAUAGCACAUUAGCUACUUCUCUUAAAUGUUCCAUUGAGAAAUCUCCAUCCAUGCUAGUCACAGCUGCCAAUGGGGAUCAAACUGUAAGCAAUGGGAUUUGUUAUGACCUCCAAUGGAGUAUGCAGGGACACACCUUUGUUGAAAAUUUAAGAUUGUUGCCAUUGGGUGGAUGUGAUAUUGUCCGAGGUGCUGAUUGGUUGAGGACCUUGGGUGAUGUCCUCUUUAAUUUCUCUAAGUUAACCAUUUCUUUCAAGUACCAUAACAAGAAAAUUACUUUACAAGGUACUUGUCCAUCUUCUUAUUUACUUAUGGACAUUUUUCAAGAACCAACCAAACUUCCACCUCAGAGAAGUUUGGAUCACAAAAUUCCCUUACAACCCCUUUCUUCACCUGUCAAUCAAAGAGCUUAUAAAUGCCCUUAUGUUCAGAAAGGUGUGGUCGAACAGUUAGUAAAGGAAAUGCUCCACACUGGAAUCAUUCAACCUAGUCACAACCCAUUUGCUUCCCCAAUACUUCUUGUUAGAAUGAAAGAUGGUUCUUUGAGAUUUUGUGUAGACUAUACGAAGUUAAACAGUAUCAAUAUUAAAGACAAAUUCCCAAUUCCUAUUGUUGAUGAAUUAUUGGAUGAGUUGAAGGGGUCUACAGUCUUCUCCAAGAUUGAUUUAAGAGCAGGAUAUCAUCUAAUCAGAGUGAGUGCCAAAGACAUCUUUAAGACAACAUUCAGAACUCAUCAUGGCCACUUGGCCUUACAAAUUCUCCUGCUACAUUACAGGCCUUAA